AUGAAUCAAUAUCUUGAUUGUACAGGCAACUAUAAUACAGCCAAUAAUGAUUUCAACGGUGAAUCAAUUUUAAAGGAUGUUUCAAAUGGUUUAAAUGUUGUUACUGUUGAUCAAGUAACAGGAGACUCAUAUGAAGAUAAUUUUAACACUGCCAAUGAUGACAAAGAAUGGAAUAGAUUCCUUCUUUUCAUCCAAUCAUUGAAAGUUUGUACUUUUGUUUUGAUAUCCGUCCAAGAUUCAAUUGGAGAUAUUAAUAACACUUCAGAAAGUCGCACCCCACUUAUUUCAGUUUUUACAAAUUUGGAAUAA